AUGAAGAAGAGACCAUUGGAAUUUGAAAAUGAAACAACAAAAAGUGAUAGAGAACUUUCCAAAAAACAAAAAACCAAAGAUGAAGAAUAUGAAAAACAAAUUAUUGAAAUGGAAAUAUUAAGAAUUGAUAAAGAAAGAGAAGAAAAGAAAAAAUUAGAACAAAUGGAAAGAAUGAAAGAAAUAGAAAGAGUACAAAGAAUGUACAAAGAAAGGGAAGAAUUUGAAAGAAUGAAAAGAAUUAAAAUAGAAGAAAGAGAAAGAGAAAUUAAAGAAAGAUAUGAAAAAAUUAAAUUAGUAAGAUUACAAAAAGAAAGAGAAGAAAAAGAAAGAUUAGAUAUAUUAAGAAUGCAAAGAAUGCAGCAACAAAGAGAAAGAUCAGCAAGAGCACAAAUCGAAGGGGAAAUACAAGAAAGAACAAGAUUAGAAAGAAUUGAAAAAGCUAGAUUAAAAAAAGAAAGGGAAGAAAGACGUAAAUUAGAACAAGAAAGAUUGGAAAGAGGCCGUUUAGAAAUGGAUAACAAAUGCACUAUUUGUGUCAGCGAAAUCGAGACCAGCCAAAUAGCCACAAUUGAUUGCGUUCAUAAAUUUUGCUAUGAAUGUAUUUUUAAAUGGUCCGAACAAUAUAGAACCUGCCCAAAUUGUAGAGCACCAUUUGUUAACAUUAAACUUGCUUAA